AUGGACGAUCCAGCAGCAUCCAAGAAACAACCAGCUUCAUCAUCAGCAGAUAGUAGCGCUAUAUAUACUACUAUUACUACUACGCCUACUGCCAACCUUUCCAUCAAUGUGCUCGGCCUAGCUUUGGUCUGUGUGACGCCCAUGGCGUUGGGUUUCGUCUACGGAUUUGACAUUGGAUCCACCUCGUUUGUAUUGGCACUCUUGCUAAAGGCGGGUGGCGCUGAUGGCGGUGGCGGCUCUGAAAUUGUUUGGUGGUCCCAUCUGACGAGCCUGCAACAGGGACUCUUUGUCUCCGCUCUGUCUCUUGGCGCAUUGAUUGGAAGUCACUUGAUGAUUUUGGAGUGGUGUACCAAGAAUAUUGGACGACGAUUGGAAUUGCAGGUGGCUGCUGCGCUAUAUCUUGUAGGAAGUAUGAUCAAUAUUGCUUCUGGAACCUUGCUUCAGUCAUCCCAUAAUGAGUUUGGAUUUUGCGCUCUCUUUUUGGGACGGACUUUGUUUGGAAUUGGUGUCGGUCUUGUCAUGCAUGGUGCCCCAGCGUAUUUGGCGGAAAUGUGUCCUCCCCAGAUUCGUGGGGCCGUCGUCUCGGCCAAGGAAACCGUCAUUGUCAGUGGCAUUGUCGUCGGAUAUGCCGUGGGCAAUUGGAUUUCUGCUUCGACGAGUAGUAGUAGUAGUAGUAGCAGUAGUUAUAGUCAACAACAAGAAGGACACUUGGCGUCUUGGACACAGAUUUACGUCUUCAAGGUUGUAUUAUUGGAAGUACCAUUCUUCCUCUUGACGUUUUGCAUUCCACGAAGCAUGCGAUGGUUGAUUUACAAUGGUUAUCGAAAGGAAGCCGAGCAAUCCAUGCGAUUUCUGUAUAAAAGCAGCAGUAAUAGUAGUAGUACUACUACUACAAACGACAGCAGCAACAACAACAACAAGGAUGACGACAUUAGUGUGGCAUUUGACAAAUUGGCCAAGCAAAUCGAGGAGACCACCGAAGCGUCAUCACCAUCACCAUCAUUCUCCAAUGAACAAGCCAACAACAUGUCUAAUUUGUUGUCCAAGGAAAAUAGACCGGCACUCGUCGCUAGCAUGGGCUUGAUUGUUUUUCAACAAGUUUCAGGUCAGCCAAGUCUAUUGAGUUAUACUACCCUAUUGUUUGAACAGGCUGGUUGGGGUGGCAACGCAUCCGUCUUGACUAGCAUCUUUAUGAUGUGCAUGUCAACCUCAACGGUGUUGUUUGUGGACAAGGUGGGUCGCAAACCAUUGUUGAAAUUGUGCUGCUGCGUCAUGAUGGGAGCCUCGUUGGUCUUGUGCAUUUGUUAUUGGUACAUGACUACUGCUGCUGCAUCCAAUACUGCUGCAUCCAAUGCUACUUUGGACAAUACUGUGGAAAUGACGGAACUAUCGUCCCGAUUUCGGUGGAUUGUCUUGAUUGCCGUUUUUCUAUACAUUGGUGGUUACCAAAUUGGAUUUGGACCGCUGACCUGGUGCAUUGCCAGUGAAGUUUUUCCGUUGAGUAUCAGAGGCAAAGCCAUGGCAUUGGGUGUGGAAGUUAAUUAUUUGCUAUCGUUCUUGGUCGUCUUUGUAUUGCCCAUCUUGCAAACAGCACUGGGAUGGGCACCCAUUUUUGCCGUCUUUUCCUGUUUGUCGGCAUUGGGAUAUUGGUUUGUCGAUCAUUACGUUCCCGAAACCAAGGGUUUGACCUUGGAACAGAUUCAAAAGAAACUAUUGCCCGAACGGAUGGCAAGCAUAAAUUCUCUUGAUCAUGAUCAUGAUGAUGAUGAUGAAUCACCUUCCGAGACCACAAGACUGAUACCUACAUGA